AUGCCCGAGCGCGGCCCCAGGAUGAACGGCUUUUCUCUGGGCGAGCUGUGGCUGGCUCUUCUGCUGUCCCAACUGUGUCCCAGCCGCAUCGCGGCCAAGCUGGCCUCCCUCCCCCCGGAGCCCACCUAUCGAUGCACAGCGACUGCGAACGGCGUGACGAGCUUACAUCUGACCGAGCGGGCGGACUGGCAGUACUCCCCGGAGCUCGACGCGGUCGAGGUGUUAGCACCAGGAGCAACCGAGGUAACCGGGGUCGGGUGCAUGUUUCGUGCGCUGCGCCCCGAACACCGCUACACGCUGCUGUUUCCCCACGGUAACGCCGUGGACCUGGGGCAGAUGUGCAGUUUCUACAUCGGCCUCGGCUCCAGGAUCAACUGCAACGUGUUCUCCUACGAUUACUCAGGCUACGGGGUCAGCACGGGCAAGCCCUCCGAGAAGACGUAUGCGGACAUCGAGGCGGCCUGGCAGGUCCUGAGAACAAGUGAGUAUGGUGUUACACCCGAGAACAUCAUCCUCUAUGGUCAGAGCAUCGGCACCGUGCCCACCAUCGACCUGGCUGCUCGCUAUGAAUGUGCUGCCGUCAUCCUCCACUCGCCCCUCAUGUCAGGGCUGAGGGUGGCCUUCCCCGAUACACGGAAGACGUACUGCUUUGACGCCUUUCCCAGUAUCGACAAGGUGUCCAAGGUGGCGUCCCCGGUGCUGGUGAUCCACGGUACGGAGGACGAGGUGAUCGACUUCUCCCACGGCCUGGCCAUGUACGAGCGCUGCCCCCGCGCCGUGGAGCCCCUGUGGGUGGAGGGAGCCGGCCACAACGACAUCGAACUGUACGCCCAGUACCUGGAGAGACUCAAGCAGUUCAUCUCCUUCGAGCUUCCCACCUCCUGAGAGGGGAGCUCAGCACUCAGGCCAAGGUUCAUCUCAACACACUCCAGAGGCCUCCUCCUUAUCAUCUCCCAGCUUCCUCUCUUAGCGUUGGAGGCAGGGCUGGAGUUAACUGACCACACUGUUCUCCCCCUGUCCUCAGAGCCAUUUCAGGGUGGGAAUGUGUAGCGGACUUCGAAGAGGAGGUGGUUUUAGAUUGUUGAGGUGCAGCCGAGGGUUUAAGGGCCGGUACCAGCCAGGUGUGAAGCUUAACGUGCAGUGAUCCCAAAACCUGGCUGGUGCUCCGACAUGUGGACACGUGUUUGCCAAUGAACCCCGGGCCUGGACGGUGUUUGCACUCGCUGCUCCAUCUGGAUUCAUUUCAGCCUGCCCCCCCUUUUUCCUCUCCUCGCUCUCUCCAUCAGUGUCUCACUGUGAGCUUCAGUCUGUCACACGUCCGUCUUCUCUCCUCUGUUUUCCAACAAUCCCCUUGCUUUUCUUUGGACUGAGAGUCUUUGCGAUGUUAAAGCUUGAUUUUUUUGUAUUCUUUUAUACCAAGUGAAAGAAGUAUGAAUUUUGCACCUCCAGACACUGUUGAAGUUUUUUACUUUUUCUGUAUUUUUAGUUACCAUUCAGGGUUAAUUCAACAGUUGCACUUUUUUAACGUGCAGAUAUUUUCAGGUAAAGGUUUUUUUUUUUCUGUGUUUGGAUGAUGUAUAUGUUAAUUGCUUUUGUUAUCGACAUUCCAUGUUUUUCUUAAUUGCAGGUGGAACUUUAUUUUUGUGUGUGUGUGCUUCAAAGCUGAAAGUUACUUGGCGUGCAGCCCCUGCACGUCCGGCCUUUUCUAGCUGUGAUCUCUGUAGUCGUGAUGCAUGCUACUCUCUCUCACAGCGAGCCCAUAACGCCAAACCUCAUUUAGAAAUCUAGCGAUUUACACUGCGCCUAACUUACUUUGGCGUACGUACAUAGAAUUGUUCUUGAAUCUUUUGGAGCCACUGGUGAAUUCGGCAUACUACUGAACUACACUGGUGGAUCAUCUGUGUGUAGAAUUUAAUGCUGCGUUUCCCAGAGGCGUGAAGGAUUUGUAAACGGCUCAGCAGGUCAUUAAGACAAACACCGAGCACCUGCCGACGCCUCUGUAACCCUCAGUCCAAUCAGGAUUUUGUCUAUGCAUCAAAAUUGUCACUUAUCAUGUCACACCAUGCGUGUUCCUUUGUGUCGCUAAGCCAUGCAGCACUGAGUAUCCCCGCCUUUUGGGGGGCGAUACAGAAGCUUACCUCAACAAGAAGAGAGAGCAGCAGGUAUCAGGGCUGAUCAUGUGGUCAUGACACGGAAGCACACUCCACUCAGUACUGUAAACCGAAGCCAGGGAGCGCUGCGCUGCGUUCACCUGCAGACAGAAAACACUGAACUGUGAACUAAGCUCCGUUUUGAAGGUAUUCAAGGUGAACACCGCUUUCACACUACAAAUAAAAAAGCCUUACGUUCGUAGACAUUUCACCCCGGUCCUGUCGACUACAGCGGGACUCUUGUGGUCUUCGGGGAGAGAGGGGGGGCUGAUAACUGCUGCUAUCCAUCAGAGGAAUCAAUCAGUCAAUCACUGUGAAAGCCAGACAGUAUGGGGAAUACUGAAAUGACAGCAAGGUACUUAAAGACCAAACUCACUCUGACCACUGUCGCCGCCCUCCCCUCCGCUCCUCGCCAGCCACGUGUUUCCCGCCUGCAGCAGGAGAGGAACGAGCCACGGAUUGCCGCUCUUUUACCAACACUUUGUUUGUCUGUGCCGAGCCCCUGAGACAGCUCGCUCAAACUCCAAAGACACCUGAAGCUGAACGCCGUGGGAGCAAAGCAACGCAUGCCAAUCACCUCUCAUAGUCGUGGACAUUUUCAACUUGUAUCCGCUGUAUUUGAAUCAUCGCCCCUCUCCCUUCUCCCUCCCCUCCCUGCUAAUGAAAACAAACUGAAGUGAAACACUGAGAAUGAAGUUAAACACUUAAACGUUGAAGUAAACCUAAAAAAAAAAAACUGCUAUCAUAUUGAAGUAAGUGCCGAAAAAGGAUUGUUGAUGGUUUGAUUGGUCCGUGUAUUGCUGUCAAGUGGUUUGUCAGUUGGGUUUUAAUGUUUUCUGAUUCUAGCUAAUGUCGGGCUGAUGUUUUUGGAUAAGGAGCCCUCGAUCAUCUCUAGUAUAUUUCCUCUAGCUCCUCUUUUUAAAGGAAACCAAGACCCUGCUUCAGUCCUGAUUAUUGUUUUGAUACUGACAUUUUUACGAGGUUUUCCAGUUUAAAUGUUGAUAGAUUUACACUGUCUCUGAAGCUGGUUUGUACGAUAAUCCUCUGUAAUAGUGUACUUAAAUAUCUUCUCUAUACAUAUUAGCUCUUAAAUAGGGCCGUCUCGUCUCAUCGAUUUAACACUGGAAUCAUAAUAUGCAAAUGAAAGGCAGACGAAGCUCGUUUAGAAUCAGAUUUUGUUAAUCGUGUGUAAAAGAGAUGAAGAAAAAGCCUUAAACAUGCCGUGAAACAGAUUGUCAUACAUGUGAUGGUUGUUGCAAGAAAGCAACACAAUGGAUGUUUUAAUGCUUAUACUGGAAUAAAGGAUGCAUGGAAGAG